AUGGAAAGCUUUUCUGAGUUCUAUGUCUCUUGCAACCCCCCGUUACUUCCUGUUGGUGUAUCAUCCGUUAUCACAGAUGUCACAAAUGAAUUGGGAGAGAGCAUCAUCGAAGUCCUGUAUGAGCCCGAGAACUCCUGGUUUAAGUUCAUUUCCGCUGUUCAUGACCGAUCUGCGAUUACUUGUUGGAUGCACAAGCGCCUGGACCAACUACUCGAAACUGAGGUCGGCUUGGUAAAUGAAGGCGAAGACCAGGACGAAGACCAGGACGAAGAUAACUGUACUGAUUUUAAAUAUCGGCCUGACAUUCAAGUGCUGACAGAGAAACCUCAUGUUAUUCCUUACCCGUCGCUCCAGCACAUUUCAGCAGAUAUCAUUGAACAGUACGAUCCUUUCAAGUACCCCGACCAUAUCAAGCAUCUACCUCACAAGAGAACUUGGCGAGGCCCAGAAGGGUUGGAAGGAGUUACUAUCUCCCGACUUCUCUCCAAAUUCGAGCCUCUAUUACCAGCCUUACUUGGCCCCUCAGGCAUUGAAACGUUGGGAGAACUGACAAAUUGCCGAAUAUCCCACAAUCUCCAGGGUUCACUAUGCUAUAUUGGCACUGACCAGGGUCCGAGUGCACUGGAUGCUGCAACGAGAAAGCUCAGCACAUUUGCGAGCCUCAUGGAUUCCCCUUCAGCCACAACCUCACAUCUCAUUUAUACCGAGAAGAAAGAGCCAGUGAGGGUGUGCUAUGUCUGGACAACGCAUAUUGGCCUGUCAAAGAUGACAUAUGUUGAUCCUGAGUGCUCCAACCUGGAAGACGAGUACAAGCGCAUUGCAGGCGCAGUGACACUAAGAAUCGGAGUCGCCAACAAUAAAGGUUUACCAAUCCCGGAUAGCACGACGUACCCAACUGCUGAGCCUAGGGCUUUUGGGCGUAAGCAAACAGACUUUCAUCCUUUCGAAGGGUACACCUACGGCAACAAGCGGUCUGGCACAACAGCUGUCAAGGAUCAGAAGCGGCCUCUGCAGUGCUUCCAGACGGAGCAGCCCGGAAUAAGCAGGAAACAACUCGCCGCCGUGGAGGCACGUUGUGCUCCAAAUACUGUCAAAGAAGCUGUCGACAAUAAUUCCUCGGCUCAUCCUUCUAGACGAAAGCCCAAAGCUCAAAAGAAUACACGGGCAGCUCAAAAAGGCAAAGAGGAGCUCGAAUCUCUACUCCAACAUCGCGAGUCUGUGGCUAUGUGGCUGGGUGAUAUUGAACCCGACGAACCCCCUGAAGCUCCAAACGAGGUGGAUGAUGAUGAAGAAGAUGUUGCACCUUUUCCGACGUCCGCUAUCAAGCAUCCUCAGUUGAUUGAGUUACAAGACUCAUCUCGAUCAGAAGAGGGUCCCAGACAGCAAACCGAACAGAAUUUGAUGGAUAUGUUCGAUGGGCCUAUCGAUACUCCAGUCCUCAUACCGGGUCCUCAGGUCAACGAUUCUGAGGUUGUUUUCGGUAAACAAAUCGACGAGCUAAAACGUUUCUUCAACACGAUGAACCAGAAAGCGGCCCCUGAAAGUUCAUGGGCUGAUAUUGCCUCAAGGAAGAAUGCCGCAACCAAAGAGAAGAAGGAUACAGACUUUGGGCAGAACGUGCGAGUCAAAGUCGUGCCCGGAAUGGAUGUACCCGAGAUAACACUGGAUAACGAAGGGUCUGUCGAAGUCAGUUUCGACGCAGAGAAAAAGUUGCAUGACUUGCUAGAGAUUUUUCAGGCAGUUCCAGGCAGAGUCAGUGUACAGGCCAAGUUCGGUAGGGUUUGUAUCAAAGGCAUCCCCCCGGCGGAAGUCUACUUGAACCCCUCUCCUAAUGGACCCUUCGAGUCUAUUGGUGCCAAAGCUAAAUGGUUGAACGACAACAAUCCCUAUGUGGAGUUCUAUCCGAUUCUUACAACUAGCUCCACAGAAGCCAAUUUGAUUUCACAGAUCACAGGCGGGAGAGCAUCAUGGAUAUUGACCGAGAACCGGGUGUUUUACGAGUUUGUCUGCACCGAAGAAAACGGAAUAUACCCCCAAAAACAGCUUGUUGUGAACGUUGAUGCAGAUACAUUCACUCACGAGUGCCUUCCUUUGUCACGAGAGAUGUCUCAGGCUUUCAUUCACUGCACACAACAUGCAUGGGAUGUUAAGCUCAGUGUUUUACACAGGGACAUGGCGCAAGUCACCGAGGACUUUCAGAAAUUCGCUGCAUCUCUGGUCCAGUCUCUGGACAUCAAGACAAACGAAAUAGGAGAAAUUGUCAUCCAUGUUGAACCAAAAGAUGCCACAAAAUGGGGUGUCGAUCGAGUCAGAGUCCAUCACGAAGCGAAGUAUCGAAACGGGGCCAAGGGGCCAAGUUACCUUACAACUACCAUGGUUCGCGUGGUUGAGCGAUUCCCCAAUGCAACCAAGAAACAGUACAGAGGUCAACUUGUUCCAGUGGCUGUGCCCGGGAGUGGGCGGGUCGGCCAGUGGUUUGAGGCUACGAUCUCAUCGGUCAGAGCUGAGCAUGAGCUGCAGGAGAAUGUCGGACUUGAACUUGGCGAGAAAACUAGUUGGUCCUCGGACAGUCUAGAGCGUCAUGGUGCAUUCAGAGCCAUAUGCGAACCCGCAAUUCGGAUGGUGCGUCACAUGGACACCGUCGGAAACUCGAAUGCGAAUGGGCACGGGACUCGAACUGACCAGCCGUUUUUCGAUGCUGUCGAGGAUUCAAGAAAGCGGGCGAAGAACUAUUCUUACUGGUGA